ACCCAUUAUUUAACAAGCAUACAACACUAAACGUGUUAAUUAGGUUAAAUAACGGCUUUGAAGUAAAAGUAUCUAGCUCUACAUUUUCGAUACGAAACUGUGGAUGAAAUUGACAUCGACCUUGCCGGUGGACGAAGAAGUCAAAAUUUUGGGAUUUCGAGGUUGUUUUCAUCAUGUUUCGGUCGUCUGCUGUUGCAAGAGGCAUUGUGAGACAGGCAUCAUGGAGCCGAAUGAACAAAGGGACGAUGCGCUGUGUCUGCACAAGAAUAGUUCAGCGAAUUUCAGGCGGACAGAGGAUGAAGUUAAUUAGCUCAAAAAAUGGUGCUACAUUAUGGAAAUAUCAGGCAACUAGGUUCUAUAGCUCAGAUUUACCAAAUCAUUUCAAAGUUGUAUUGCCUGCGCUGUCACCUACUAUGGAAUCUGGUACAAUUAUUAGCUGGUCAAAAAAAGAAGGUGAUAAAGUAUCAGAUGGAGAUUUAUUAGCAGAAAUAGAGACAGAUAAAGCUACCAUGGGUUUCGAAUCAUCUGAAAAUGGUUUCAUGGCUAAAAUAUUUGUACCAGAAGGCUCAAAAGAUGUGCCUAUUGGAAAGUUAAUUUGUAUUAUAGUAGAAGAAGAAGAUGAUGUAGCAGCAUUUAAAGAUUACAAACCCCAACCUGGUGAUGAUGAGUCUCCAGGAGCAGCUAAAGACAGUAAACCGGACGCUCCCCCUGCUGCUGCUCCAGCUCCCAAACAACCCUCCCCCACUCCUGCAAAAUCUGCCCCUUCUCCACCAGCUCAGUCAGCAGCCUCUCCCAAAGCUCAACCAUCUGGUACUAGAGUGUUAUCAACACCCUAUGCUAGAACUCUAGCCAAGGAAAAAGGAAUAGAUAUAAAUCAAGUAAAAGGUUCUGGAGCUGAUGGACAGGUUCAAGCUGAUGAUAUAUUAAACUUUACACCUGGUGCUGCAGGAUAUACUUCCGUACCUGGUGCAUCGUAUACAGAUACACCAUUAUCUAAUAUUAGACAGGUUAUAGCUAAAAGAUUAACUCAAUCCAAACAGACGAUUCCACAUUAUUAUCUUACAGUUGAUGUAAAUGUAGAUAAAAUUAUUCAAUUAAGAAAACAGUUUAAUGAAAGUUUAUCUAAAGAUAAUGUCAAGUUAUCUGUCAAUGAUUUUAUUAUUAAGGCAUCAGCUCUAGCAUGUCGUAAAGUACCAGAAGCUAAUUCAUCAUGGCAAGAUAGUGUUAUUAGACAAUAUAAUUCAGUAGAUGUUAAUAUAGCUGUAGCAACAGAUAAUGGUUUAAUUACACCAAUAGUAUUCCGAGCAGAAUCCAAGGGUUUAUCCCAAAUUAGUCAAGAUGUACAAGCUUUAGCAGCUAAAGCGAAGGCUGGUAAACUUCAACCACAAGAAUAUCAGGGUGGAACUUUUACCAUAUCUAAUUUAGGAAUGUUUGGUAUAAAACAAUUUUCAGCUGUCAUUAAUCCCCCACAGGCAUGUAUAUUAGCUGUAGGUGGAGCAUCUAAACAAUUAAUAGUUGAUCAACAUAGUAAUGAAGGAUAUAGAUCCGCCAAUAUCAUGACAGUGACAUUAAGUUGUGAUCACCGUGUGGUAGAUGGUGCUGUCGGGGCCAGAUGGCUACAAGAGUUCCGCAGAUUAUUAGAAAAUCCUGAAACCAUGCUCUUAUAACAUCCAGCGUAACAUAUAUUUAAAUAAUUUAAAAACUAUUUGUGAACAAACAACUGGGACUGGAAUUGUUUAGAUGGUUUUUAAAGUAAAGACUCCUGUUCAUGGAAUAUAAAAUUAAAGAGUACAAUUGGUAUUAAAUUAAGUGAUAUUUAUCUUAAGAGUUUUGAUGAAAAUAGCUCACAAAGUAUUUUAAUCAAAUUGAAACAGAAAUUAUUUGUGGCUAAAACUGUUUGUGGAUGUAUUGGUAUUAUUGUAUUAGAUAGCAUAAAAGAAUUACAAGGUUUUUUUUAAGGGCAAAUGGCAAGAAAUUGAAUUGGACAAAUGUGUUUGAAGUUCUCUUAAUGCUAUAAUUAGGGAAGGUUCUACCCAAAUAUUGAUGAAAUUUAUUUUUAAAACAAUACUUGGACUGCAUCUUAUUUUUUAGGAAUUAUUUCUUAAUUUGUUAUUGUUGUUUGGAGAAGAAUUUUACUUAUUUAUACUCUUGCAUUAUUGUUUGCAAUAGUGUUAUUUAUUUAGACAUUGAGUUGUCCGGACUCAGUUGUCAGUCCGGAAACUUCUGAAUCGACAGAAUUGCUAAUAAGGGAUACAGAAUUCAGUCUGGUUACAGUUCUGCCAGAUAUGGUGUGAGAAACGUAAUUGAACAUUUCAGUUAUGGUGAUUGAUUGAGAUAGUAUUGUGUUCCGUUAGGGUAUGCCUUGUUCUCCCUAAUUCUAGUGUCAUUGACAUCCAAAAUUCAAGUAGAUGCAAGUAGGUGUCUAACUCCUGCAAUUUGAUCUUUUAUUCAUUCUAUUUUAAAUUUGAUUAACCAACAUUAAGAUCUAAGUAAUUCCUAAUAAAUUUUCUGUUCAAUUUAAGUCAAUUUUUAGCCUAUUUGGUUUUUCAUUUGCUAGAUGUUUGGUCAGUUGAAAUUAUUGAAUGGACAUAUUUGUCUAGCUGUAGUGUUGAUGUAAACCCCAUAAAAAUGAAAACAAAUUGAAAGUAAUAUUAAUUAGACUAAUAAGUCCUACGCAACGGUGGUUAGUUAGACAAUCUGAAAUAUAGGAGAAAUGGUAGGAAAAGAAAUCUCAAUUAAGACUGACAAUUCAGAUCAAGUAUAAAAGGACUAGAUUAGUCCUAACGAGUGAUCAAGUAAUAAAAUGGACUAUCUGGAGAAAAAUUAAGCAAUAGUGAGUGGACCUGGUGUUUCAAAAUAUGUAAGAACACUUUGCAUUGUGUAUGACACAUGUCACUAUUUCAAGUUGAUUUCAGCUUUUAUGAUUAAGCUAAAGUUAUUGUGAAACCAGUGAAUGUAAAUAAUAAUAUAGAUUGAUGUAUUUAUAGAAUUUUAAGUUUGAGAUUAUACAGAUUUUAUAAUUGGAAACUCAAUAUGAUAAUAAUAUAUAUAUUAUAUAUAUAUAUAGAAUCCAACAGUAUGUAAUAUAUAGAAAAUUCAAGUAUUUUGAUUUCAUUUUGAUUAAUAGUGCUAUAAUAUGAUUGAGGUCAAAUUUAAGUAAAGUUAUUUCAUAUAUACAGAAUAAGACCAGAAAUGAAGGUCAAUAAGUAACUCCUAGGAACUGAAUGAAAGGUGCAAAAGUUACAGGGAAUUUUAACUAUGCAGAACCCAAUAAAGUAUAAUUUCUGAGUGACGUCUUAUUCUAAUCUGUUGUCUUGAUCUGCUUUGUUGUUUGUUACUGUCUUAGGGUACAUCUAUUUUUCGCCCAUGUUAGCAUUAGACAGUGUGGGGGUUUUGAUUUCGUAGAGGUUGAAUGAAUUAUCUUUAAAGUCGUAUUCCUACCACUUUAUCCAAUUAUGUAUGAAAGUGGAAAUCUUCAGUUUGUGUGAAAUGGAGUUUAAGUUAAACCAUUUAACAUCCUACUUCAGUUUGUAUGAUCAUGAGGUUCUGGAUAUUUUUGGGGGGUGUGAAAAUUGAACUAUCCUGCUACUAACAUGACAAUAAAGAAUGUUGGUGGGUACAAGUCAAAUAUAUAUCAAAUAGUGCAUACAUAAAGAUGGUAGCAUGAAAUCAGUAGAAAAUAAUGUAAACUUCAAAUGGCCAGAACCUACCAUUAGGAUUGAAAGUAAUGAUAGGUUUAAAUAUUUGGACCAAUAUAUAUUUUAGUAAGAAUACUUUGGAUUAUGUAUGGUCUUAAACUAUUAUCUGCUGUGUUAAUUUACUCUUUGAAGGUUAUAGUUGGACAUAAAAUAGAAUAUACCAAAAAUGACAUUAUCAAAAGAGUAUUAAAAGACCAUACACUACAACAAACUUAUUAUAUUAUAUGGCUUUUUUUUUUUGAGCGGCAUAUAGCAAUUGACACAUGUAAUAAACACAAAAACAUAAUAUGAAACACAAUUACUAUCUUAAUUAAAAUCGAUAAUUUCGUUGAGGGUUUUGCUUGAUAACUUUGAGAAAAUCCUUAACGGAAAGCGGCUUUAAUUAAAAUAAUAUUUGUGUUCCAUAUUAUGUUUAUAUAUUAUAAGUUAUGUAGAUUGUUUGUUAUUGUAUAUAGAAACAUUUGUAGUGCUAGUGUUGAAACUUUGUUUUAUCUUAAACAGUGCUAAAUGUAUCUUAAUAGCUUCUCCAUAUUCAACCUUAUUUCAUAUUCCUAGACUCUAUUAUUGUAGCUUUCCACUGGUACUGCUAACAAAGUAAACAUGGAGCUAUUAUUGUUGUAUUGGCCGGGAUUGUGGUCUAUCUUGACAUUUCACUGGCUUGAUACCAGAAGUGUUAUAGCCAGUUGACAUGGUGUGUUCUGCUUGAUCAUCAAGUAAUACAAUAGUAGUAGAUUCAUUCUUGCUGAUAUUAGCAAACCUCGGGUAAGACCAAGAUGAUUCUGGUUGUUGAAAAUUUAUUAGCCUAAAAUAAUGAAAUGUCACAACACUCAUUUUGACAUUAAAUUAGAUAAGUUUCACUGAGGAGUUCAAGAUGUAUUAAACCAAGGGUAAAAUUCUUACCUGUCAGACAUACAGGUAUUUGAAACAUCAGAAUUUAAAAGAAAUUCCUUUAGAAUGUCAAAUAUUUUAUUUCUAAAAUAUUAAAGAUUUAAAGUUUUAAAAUUGAGAAAUAUUUACAAUCAAAAUAUGGGUAACUUGCAACAUACAAAGGCAUGGUAUGUAAAAUCUUAGACAAUCUGAAUUUUUAAAAAAGAGUGUCAUUCAAAAGUACAUUUGAGGUUCGACUAGGGAUUACUGAAUUAUUUUAUUUAUAUGAAUAAUGAAAUGUAAAAGCAAAUUAAAUAAAUUAUGUUAUAAAGCAAGAACUUACAUGAAUAAACUACUCAAUUAUUAGAUAUUUGUAUUAUUAAAACUAGGUUGUUAUAAUAAAUUGUACAUUUUUAAUGAAUUAAUGAUAAAAACUAUAAAUAAAUCCUGUUGAUGUGUUAAA